AGGCGACGUGAAAUAUUGGUUGUACUGGGAGGAAGUGACGUCUUUGUGCUGAAUAAAGUGACCCAUCAUCCACAUAAGAGGUUGACUUCUUCGAUAAAGUGUUUUGAUGGAGAAGUUGGGUCUGGGCGGUUGAGCAGAUGAUUGACCAUGGACACCCUGUCCAGCCACAGCUCCUACCUCCUGCAGCAGCUCCAAGAGCAGAGGAUUCAGGGUCUGCUCUGUGACUGCAUGCUGGUGGUCAAAGGUGUCUGCUUCAAAGCCCACAAAAAUGUCCUGGCGGCUUUCAGCUCCUAUUUCAGGUCAUUAUUCCAAAAUUCCCCCAGUCAGAAGAAUGAGGUUUUCAACUUGGUCAUCCAGGAUGUCAGUGGCAUCGGCCAAAUAUUGGACUACAUGUACACCUCCCACCUUGACAUCAACCAAGACAAUGUGCAAGCGCUCCUGGACAUUGCUCAGUGUUUGCAGGUUCCAAAUGUUCAAAGCAUGUGCAACGCUUUCCUCAAGCCUUGUCCUCCACCAGUGGAAAUCACAUCAUUCUCUCUUCCAGGCAUGCUGAGUUCUGAGCAUGACUGCCUCUUGGGGAGCAAUCUUCCUCAUGAUGUUGACCUGCAAUGUCCCUCUGAAACCUCCAGGCCUGGCUUCAACGGCGACAUUGACCAAAACAAAAGGUUGCCCGUUUCUGUGCCUAACAGCAGCUCGAACUGUGACACAGCAAGCAGCAUGCAGGCACCUGCGGAAAAACAACUUGUCCAUGGUUACAAGCUCCGUAACUUCUAUAGUAAGCAGUACUUUAAACAAAGUGCACUUCAGACUAACAAUGCUGCCUUAAAUCAAGGCCCGUGCCCCUUGGUGCUAAUGGAAGAUCAGCAGUGUCCGCUCGGGGUUAGCCAGGGGGGCAGCAACACUCCCGUAUGCUCAGGAAACACCGUUCAGCCCAAUCCUCCCUGCACGUCUGUGGCAGUCCAAAAGAACAAUGUCUCUUCUUUAACACCCUCCGAUAAUUUGAACACCCCCACUGCUAACUCGGCAGACUCCAUGCUCAACAAACCAGUGCGGCCAAAGAAAGCCGUGUACCUGAAGAAAUACAACUACCUCCGAUCUCAGAAGGCAUUGGAGGAGAUGUUUGCUGAAUCGGUGAGUGAGCCCGUCCUCAGCUGUCCCAAAGAAAGUCAUCAAGAAGAGUCUGUGGUCCAAACUCCAGUUUCAGAAUCCCCCAUCGAGGGACUUAACUCGGACAGGGAGCAGGUUACAGAGACGGCAACAGAUGUGCAACCUCCUAGUCCACCGCCUGAGAACCAAGAGGAACAUCUGAAAACUGUGCCAGAGACACCAGAGACACAGCAGCAGAUACUUAACAAGCAAUAUUGUUGUGAGGUGUGUGGGAAGAUCUUCAAACACCCCAGCAAUCUGGAGCUGCACAAGCGCUCACAUACUGGCGAGAAGCCCUUUCAGUGUAAUGUUUGUGGGAGAUACUUCUCACAGGCUGGAAAUUUACAGACACAUUUGCGGAGACAUUCCGGAGAGAAACCGUACAUCUGUGAGCUGUGUGGUAAAAGCUUUACUGCAUCAGGCGAUGUCCAUCGUCACAAAGUGGUCCACACUGGAGAGAAGCCCCAUCUGUGUGAUAUAUGUGGUCGAGGAUUCAACAACUUGAGCAAUCUCAAGGAGCACAAGAGGACUCACGCCACAGACAAGACAUUCACAUGUGACCAGUGCGGAAAAUCCUUCAACACACACAGAAAACUUCUGAAGCACAAGGCCCGUCACACUGGGGAAAAAACACACAGCUGUGCCACAUGUGGGAAAUGCUUUAUUGGCUCCGGGGACCUGCAGCGUCACAUACGCUCCCACACUGGUGAGAAACCCUACAUCUGCAACGCCUGUGGAAAGAGCUUCACCCGCUCUGCCAUGUUGAGGAGACACAGCAACAUGCACUGCAAAGGUGCUCCAGCUGACAGCCCUGUUACAGACAACUCCGACCCACCCAGUAGCUCAGAUGGAGCGGCCGCGUUCCCCAAACCCGUCAGCCUCGGUAAACCUCCUGCAGCAACCAUUGAUCAGCACUUCCCCAGCAUGAUGCCCCAUGCAGGCUUGGUGAAACCCCCACUGACUACUAGUUCUCCACCACAUAUCGAGAGUCCGGGUCCCACCCGCACACGCCUUCCAGAGCUGCGCUCGCUGGUACCCCACCACCUUCUUUCCUCUAACCACCAGGAAAGCGGUGCAGCCCCGACAGCCACAGACCACAUGAAACUCGCCAAACCACACUUGUCUCAGGAGGUUGUGUAUGGUCCCUAUGUGGAGAAUGGGACCAUGUCUGUGGAGAUGGGCAGAGGUGGGGUGGGCAGGUCAUACCUCCCUCCCACAGACAAUCACAGCAGUUCCCUCAGUUCUUCCAGCAGGCCCAAUAGUGGCUCCUACAGGUCCACUGAAGGUCAGUUUAUCUCCAGUGUGACUCUGUGGGGCCUGGCAAUGAAAACGCUGCAGAAUGAUAACGACAUGGAACAGUAAAAUGUUGGUGAGAUGUUAGAUCAGAGGUUGUGCACUUCACUGAUAGUGAAUUUGUUUUAAUUGGUAUCAACUGGCGCUCGGUUGGUCAUACUGACCUGUAACACACAAACGGUAGCUCUCAUGUAUCCUUUGAUAAAGCAAACGUGAAGUAAUAUGAUUUAUUUAUUUAUAAAUCAAAGAGCUUCCUAGUUUUUUUUCUUAACCGAAAAAAAUACAAAUCUAAGAAAAAUCACAAUAAUUGCCUAAAAAUUCCAAUGUUGUUUUUCUGGUCCCAGUUUGUGAGGUCAAUGCAGGUGUGCUUCUUCAUAUGUCAACAACUAUAUUACCCUUAAUUAUAGAUACAGCAAUGCACCAGUAUUUGGCCUCCUAUAAUUCAGUGUGUUUCCAGGUCUUAAGGUCUAAACCGUAAACAUCACAGUAUGCAUCUCAGUUAAUUACCCUCUUUCACUUUGCAUAUACUGCACUGCACUUUCAACUAUUUUCAACUAUCACUGUCAAAUGUGGCUGUAUUAUAUUCAUAUCUGAAUAACAUACGUACAAUAUGUUUAAUAUUAACACUUGCCGUGUUAAGGUAUUUUACAUUUCUUUGUAAACAAAAAAAGGGUUUUAUUUUUUUUACAUUUCUUUGUAAACAAACAAGAAACAAACAAAAAUCAAGCUUUUGGUGAUAUAUGAGGAGAAACACAGCUCCGUAUUUCUUUCAUGUGCAAUACAAAGUUUGACAUAUUAAUACCAUAAAUGUGAAAACUGCUAUUUGAACGCGUAUCGCACAAAAUCUUAGAUUGUAUUAUAGUUUGUAAAUGUAUAUUUGUAUAUGAACUGAAAACCUAAAUAAAGUUUAGGCUGGUUUACCAUGACAUUCCUGCA